AAAUCACGUCAUAUCUUGCGCAAAUCGAGUCGAAAACGACUGCUGAUGGAUGCUAUCGAACCAUCGCCGCGUAGGGCUUCUUCCCUUGCUGCGAGAGCAUGUGUUUGACACGUAGUCGAAACUGACGUCCCAUCGACAGCGCUACCCAGACUUCAGAACCGAAGAAAACCUUCAACAACCCGCGACGAAUCAGAACCACUUCCCAUUCCAUCAGAUGACGACGAAGAGUUCCAGUUGCAACCAUUCAUCAUCAAAUUUGCUGCCACUAGGACUGGGGGUAGGCCUCGGUGGAAGGGCUGGUCAGCAUUCUAUCGUCAUGGGAUUAUGACUACGUCCACGACCAGUAACAACAAGAACUGGAGCGUAUCCAUCAGUCUUCAAGCGAUAUACGUCCCUCCCGACUCGAAUGGAUCUUCAGACGGUGAACUCGAUACUCCCGCCCGCACCCUUGGAGGACGUAAGACGCGCAAAAAGCACAGAAACAACCCCUCCAAGUGUAUGCUGAAGGAAGUGAAGCAACAUGCUGAGAACAAUAACUUCAAGCGUGCUAUUUUGUCUAAUGUCACCAAGCUUCAGGAAGAAUGGGUAUGUGAAGAACAUGAAGGGUACUGCUGGAAGGUCCCAAACUCAGAGAAGCACAUGCACCUUGCAUCACAUCACCUGAGCCGCUGGGGGCAGUUCAUGGCCCUUCCCGACAGUGCUAUUGAUGAGUUGGCACCACCGCAUACAUUGACCUUUGACAAAUUUCACAGAGGCACUGUGCACGCCGCAGCAAGCUCCGAGAGUUACAGUACACCAACUCCUACGUCGAGAUCUACCCUUGCAAUCUCCUCGACUCCCGCUGUGCCGGCUGCUACUCCGAUUCCCACGGUCUUCACUGCGUUUACCGGAAGCCCAUUACGGGUGGAGGACGCUGAGGAUGUAGCACGCUUCAUGAGAUUUGUGGCGAAAAACAACCCUAGCUACACCAGGUUCGAUGCUGCGCAGACCGAGCAAGCUUUUUGCGAAAAUGUAUUGGCACUCGAGGAUUUAAAAAGGGAGCCGUAAUGAGGUUCUAAGCUUCUCCGCAGAGCUGCACAACUUUCCUCGAGUCACCCAGUGGCGUGAGAGCAUUUUUGCGUAUAUAUAAGCUUAGUCAACUUACUUCGUGAAGAGGAUGAAUGUUGGGCAGGAGAGAUGGGUGUCAGGAUCUUUCUUUUUUUAUGCUUUU